AUGCCAUACAGUUCUGAGUGCCCACAUGUUGAAGGACUUCAUACUAUUUUGCCUCCAUUAAAGAGGAGGUUACCUGGCAGGCCAUAUGUCAAAAGGAAAAGAGAUCAGGCAGAAAAAGAGCUAAGUGGGCACACAAGGCAUACUGUGUCAAGGGCAGGCAUUCCUCUAAGAUGUACCAUUUGCCACCAAACUGGCCACAACAAAGCCACAUGCCCAAGUAAGCCAACUCCAGCUCCAAGCACUGCAGGUCCAUGUCAAUCAACUCCAGCUUCAAGCACAGCAGGUCCAAGUCAAUCAACUCCAACUCCUGUCAAGAGAACUCUUGUGAAGAAAGCUCCCGUGAAAAAGGCUCCUGUGAAGAAGGCUCCUGUGAAGAGAAUUCCUAUGAAGAAGGUUCCUUGGAAUGAUGCUGGUAGGGUGAGAAAGUUUUCAGAAAGAAUCACAGAAAUUGGUCUUCAGAAAUAUGUUAAACUCAAUGAUGGAACUGGAUGCAGCCAAGACAAACCUGUGACCUUAGAGUAA